GAACUGGCUUUGACUAUCGCUUUGCUUUGCUUUGCCCGUACAAUUACAGGUCAUUGGCGCUGUUCCUCACAGGCGGUGAUAGCUUGACAAGACACUGCCAAUAUUUCCCAGAGUUACAUAUCCAGUGCAACCACGUACUUCUACUGAGAAUAAUACAGCAUCUCCGCAGGUGUACAAUCAACGCUGAACUGAGGCGAACCUCCACUGGAAACCAUUUUCUGACAGGAAAUACCUAUCACAAUACGACAGUUACUGGACGAUGAUGCCUUUCCGCAUGAUCGUCGAUAAUCAGUCUGGAUACCAUCGAUUAACGACACUCUUUUCCUUGACCGCGAGGGACACUACUGCUGAGACAAGUGUAGUCAUCCGUAUGCUUGUUGACACGAGACAUGUGGUAGGCUGUACCUUCCUUUAUCUCAUCCAUCGAUUAGCUGGCUUUCGAGUCCGAAGCUGUCUCGGAUCGAUUCAAUCUCUACAAACCAGUCGAGGAAUCUGAUUCAACACACUCUUGCGAGGCAAACCGACAGAUUUAUUAUUUCUCGGAUAGUAAAUCACAAGAUCAUAUGUACCGCAAAUGACCAGCUAUCGACUUGUAG